AUGGAAUUAAAUUUUAGUAAUAAUAACGCAAAUUCAAGUAGUAGAAUAGCCCUCAAAGAGAGACUUCUAGAAAAACUCAAGCAAAAGUCAUCAAAGAGCACUUACACCGAGAUUUUUAUGAGCUCUAAGAACCCGAAGAAACUCCUUAUUUAACUAAAAAAUUAGUAUGAGGAAGAUUUGGGUAAUUUCGUUUCUCACGGAGGAAAGCAAGAUUUUAGGCAGAAAUUUUUCAGAGACAUCGUAAUGCAACAUUUAGGGUCCAAACAGUAUAAAAGGAGGAAGAAUGCUUUCUACGUUAUGAACUAUCUCGUCUAGACUGAUCCCUACUUCGCAGAAGCUGCUCUUAAGGAGUUUAGUAGGAUAAAAAAUGUGCUCUAUACUAUAGAGGAUUUUAAGAUAUUCGUGAAUUCCAAGAUUCUGGAGUGGAUUGACAAGUAUAGUGCUAAGUUCCCUGAUUUAUUCAUUUGGAAAAGAAGCCAGAAGCACUUUUUCAACCCUUACAAUGAGAAAGCUGAAAGCGAGAAGUUUGAAGAUAAAUUUUAAACUCUUAAAGUCUAUCGACUAUUCUUUUAAAGAGACUAGAAAGAAAUAGUCCAAUUUGAAGCGAGAAAGUUGAUGGAUAGUUCAAGAAACAAAGAAGUUGAAGAAGUUAAAAUUUAAACUAGAAUAACUGAAAGUCAAAAUGGGUUUGAGUUUUAAAUGGAUGCUUUUGUAGUAGAAGAUUUGAACUUAAAUAAUUAGGAGGGGGAGCAAGUACUAUUUUAUGAGGAAGAUGCUAGUACGAAUAUAGAUAACUAGCAAGACUAAAAUAAUUAAUAAUCACUGACAAAUAAAAGUGAUUAGCAAGAUAUUGGCAGUUAUUUGAAUAGCCUUAAUAGGUAUGAAGCCACUACUAAAAAUAAAACACUUUAUGAAGUGAUCUAGGAUAACUUAAAGGUUAUUGAAAGGAGGGUAAUACCUCUGUUAGAGACUUUUAAGACAGAGACAGCAUAUUUCAAAGAACUGCAAAAUGUUUGUCUGACUGCUGUUUCUGAUAAGAAAAAAUUAGAUAAUAAUUACAAGGGUAGAAUACUGAUAAGCAAGAAACAAGUUUAAGACUUUGAAAAAGACUAUAAAGUGGUGUUUGUUGAGGAAAUUGAGUAGCUAUAAAGAGAAGUUGAGAUUCUCUAUAGGUCUUCUCUCGAACUAAAAAGUGAUUUAGAGAGGAUACAGCUAAUAAAGUUGUAGCAGAAUAAUUCAAGUUAGCCUAAUUUGUAAAAUCAAAAUGACGUUGUAAUAUUAGAUGAAGACGAGGAAGAGGACCCUGACGAUAAAUUGUUUAUUUGA